UUUUUCUUUCUUUCUUUCUUUGUCUUGGUAUUUCUUAGCUGUUACUCAUUCUAACUGGCAGUGUAGAGCUGUGAAGAGUAAGUAUUUUUAAAGAAAGGAGCCCCUUUUCUCUUUAUAUUUAUUAUAAUGAUUUUUAACGAAUAGGUUCAAAGCCACCCUCUCAUUCCUCCAUUAACGGUCACUUCUCCUCUCUCUUUCCUGACAUUUAUGUUGCCAAUUAAAUAUACCCAUCACGACAAACCGUGGGAUCUCAAAUAGGCCGAACCCCAUCUGCAACUCAACCUCUCCCUUUUCUCCUUGUAUAGAGAAACCGGGAGAGGAUGUUGACUUGUAUUGCGUGUUCAAAGCGACUCAACAACCGAUGUUCGCCGCCGAGAGACAGAGAAGAGGAUGUUGAUGUUGCUGCUUUUGAGACGCUUAGGACUAAGCACGCCAUGAAGGCACUCACAGCUCAAAUGAAGGAUAUGGCUGUAAAGGCUUCAGGAGCAUAUAGAAACUGCAAGCCAUGUUCAGGAUCCUCGAGCAAUAACAAUAACAGGAACUAUGCUGAGUCUGAUGCUGCCUCAGACUCAGCGAGGUUCCACUGCUUGUAUCGUAGAGCAGGAAGUUCCAAUUCGACCCCGAGAAAGUGGGGGAAAGAGUCGGAGGCAAGACUAAAAGGGCUAUCGAGUGGCGAAGGCACACCUGCUUCAGUUAGUGGGCGGACGGAGUCGGUGGUUUUUAUGGAGGAAGAUGAGCCUAAGGAGUGGGUUGCGCAAGUUGAGCCUGGUGUGCUCAUCACUUUUGUUUCAUUGCCUGAUGGCGGUAAUGAUCUGAAGCGAAUUCGAUUCAGUCGUGAAAUGUUCAAUAAAUGGCAAGCUCAAAGCUGGUGGGCUGAGAACUAUGACAAGGUCAUGGAAUUAUACAAUGUUCAACAGUUCAAUCACCAAUCAGUCCCACUUCCACCUCCACCAAGAUCUGAAGAUGAGAGCUCAAAGCCUGAAUCAGCCAAAGACAGUCCCACGACUCCUCCACUGGGCAAAGAACGCCCAAGCAAUUUCCACCAUCCAACAGGAAUGGGUUAUUCGUCAUCAGAUUCACUUGACCACCACCCAAUGCAAUCUCACCAAUAUUAUGAGUCAGCUGGUCUUGCUUCAACACCAAAGCUCUCUAGCAUUGCUGGGGCUAAAACUGAGACAUCAUCAAUAGAUGGUUCUGUGAGGACUAGUAUGUCAAGAGAGUCAGAUCGCUCAGAAGAACUUUCCAUCAGUAAUGCAAGUGAUAUGGAGACUGAAUGGGUUGAACAGGAUGAACCAGGGGUAUACAUCACUAUCAGAGCACUGCCAGGUGGCACCAGAGAGCUUAGACGUGUCAGGUUCAGCCGAGAAACAUUUGGAGAAACACGUGCAAGGUUGUGGUGGGAGGAGAACCGAGACAGGGUACACGAACAGUACUUGUACAGAUGAGAUGGUGGCGCUUGGAGAAAUGCGUGCAAAGUUGUGGUGGGAGGAGAACCGAGCCAGGAUACACGAACAGUACUUGUAGAUUAGCAAACAGAUGAGAUGGUGGCGCAUGGAAAAUGUGUAUACCUUUAACUAACACAGGUUAAGCAUUCCAUGGAUCUUGCGGGCUGAAUAGAUGAAGCUUGUUCGCCCAGUUCCAUGUUUUGCUUAAAAACUUCUUGAUUCUUUUCUUCCUGUCUAUUCCUUUUCAUCUGGUUGGAUAAUGUUGAACUAUAUAUUAGGUUAUGCUACAUAUAGUAUAUUUCUUUUCUUUUCUUUUAUUUGGUUCAUAAUUUAAAAUGGUCUAAUCAUUUUAACA